AGGUUAUCCCAGGACAGGUUAGGUGAUGUGUAGUUCAUUGUAGCUGUGUCACUGAUCUGGCUCGACCGACACGGCCGGGACGAACGUAGUGUUUCGGUCCGAGUGUUGUAAGUAACGUCUUUGUAAAAUUUUUAAAACGGUUCUGAACCCUUGCCGGGUGGUGUUACGGACGUGUGCUCAGUGCCACAGUUUACCUGGGUGUGCGGGAAUUGGAGUCACCCAAAGAAUAAAGAGAGAGGAAGAGGAAGAAGCUGUGUCACUUUUGACUGCCGAUACUCACUUGAUCGUGACAGAUCAUGACUUCGCUUCUCGCGCCGGAGAUCCCGGCACCGGGUUUUUCCUUCGAUCUCUGCCAAAGAAAUCAUGCCUUGAUCAAAAAGGGCUUUGCCGCUCCGAAAGCAGUCAAGACUGGUACCACCAUCGCCGGCAUAGUGUACAAGGAUGGCGUUAUUCUCGGUGGUGAUACACGAGCCACCGAGGACACCAUUGUGGCCGACAAGUACAGUUUGAAGAUCCACUAUCUCGCUCCCAACAUGUACUGUUGCGGAGCCGGUACAGCGGCCGACACCGAAAUGACUACCGAGAUGAUAGCCAGCCAGUUGGAGCUGCACCGUCUGAAUACCGGCCGUGUCGUGCCCGUGUGCACCGCCAAUACGUUGAUAAAGCAAAUGCUGUUCCGUUAUCAGGGUCACAUUGGAGCUGCCCUCAUCCUGGGUGGCUACGAUAUUGACGGGCCUCAGUUAUACUGCAUUUAUCCACACGGUUCGACCGAGAAGCUGAAGUACACCACUAUGGGAUCUGGCUCGCUGGCUGCCAUGGCGGUCUUUGAGAGUAGAUGGAGGCCUGAUAUGGCGGAAGAGGAUGCGAAGCAGCUGGUGGCGGACGGCAUUCGCGCGGGCGUGUUCAACGAUCUCGCGUCGGGAUCCAACGUGGAUCUCUGCAUCAUACGCAAGAACAGCGUGGAGUACUUACGCCCGUACGACACCGCCAGCGUGAAGGGCGAGCGGCAGAUCAGCUACCGUUACAAGCCCGGCACCACGUCGGUGCUCACGAAAACAGUACAACCGAUCAUCGUGGAGGAGGAGACGGUGCACAUCAUCGAAGCCGAAGCGAUGGACAUCGCAUGAAGUUCCACUAACUGAAUCUAGCGUUCGAUAUAAGUUUUAAAUAAGCUUUAAAUAAAUUUUUUUCUCCCAUGCAA